CUUUCUACUGAAAUAAUAACUCAUCCACGUCCAGUAUUUUUGUGAAUAUAAGACGCAAUUGAGGGAGCUUUCUGAAAGGAAAUAAACGAAACAUUUGGUUGGCCCCAAAAGAGAAUAUAUGAAAAGAUGCAGUUUCGUUCAUUUACUCAUUGUUGUUUUUGUUCUUCUUCUUCAAGCUUAAGUAUAUGGUUGUUUGUGAUGUCAAAUAUUAUUGUAUGGAUCAGCAGUACAACAGCUUUGAUAAAGCUGCCGGAAAAUGUGGCAGUUCCAGCACUUAUAGUAUUUGGAGAUUCCAUAGUUGAUGCAGGGAAUAACAACAAUAUUAAAACUCUUAUCAAGUGCAACUUUCGUCCUUACGGACUUGAUUUCUAUGGUGGAAUUCCUACUGGCAGAUUUUGCAAUGGAAAAAUUCCUUCUGAUAUUAUAGCGGGAGAACUGGGAAUCAAGGACAUUCUGCCAGGUUAUUUGGAUCCCACAUUACAGCCUCAAGAUCUCAUAACCGGAGUAACCUUUGCUUCAGGUGGUUGUGGGUACGAUCCUUUGACGCCCAAAUUAGUGUCAGUUAUAUCAUUAGCCGAUCAAUUGAAUCAGUUCAAAGAGUACAUAGGGAAGGUGAAAGCUAUAGUUGGAGAAGAACAAACGAACUUCAUCAUAGCCAACAGUCUGUUUCUUGUAGUGGCAGGCAGUGAUGACAUUGCCAAUACCUAUUUUAUUUUAGGUGCUAGAAAAUUGCAAUAUGAUGUUCCUGCUUACACUGAUCUUAUGGCUGAUUCAGCUUCUAGUUUCGCUCAGGAUCUAUAUGAUUUGGGGGCAAGAAGGAUUGGAGUUUUUGGUGCACCACCAAUUGGAUGUGUACCGUCACAAAGAACGAUAGCAGGGGGAAUUCAAAGGGAAUGUGCAGAAAACUACAAUGAAGCAGCAAUCUUAUUUAACUCCAAAUUGUCUAACAAGUUGGAUUCUCUCGGUAGCAGCCUGCCUAACAGCAGAAUCGUUUAUGUGGAUGUCUAUAAUCCUCUCCUCAAUCUCAUCCAAAACCCUAAACAAUAUGGUUUUGAAGUUGUAAAUAAAGGAUGCUGUGGGACAGGAGCUCUCGAGGUUGCUAUACUGUGCAACAAAGUGACACCAGUCACUUGUGAUAAUGUUUCUGAUCACAUAUUCUGGGAUAGCUAUCAUCCUACAGAAAGAGCUUAUGAGAUACUUAUAUCACAAGUCCUCGCUAAGUAUGUUGGAAAGUUCUUCUGAGGCAGUCUUAGCUUGGGGUUGUCACUCUUAUUAGUUUUUUUUUUUUAAUCCCAAUCUUCGCGAAUAAUAUAUUGUUUGACAAAACUAGACUGGCAGGGACUUCCAAAUCAUAAUGCUAAAGACUGGCAGUUUCAGUUAACAUUAAUGCAAAAUGGUUAAGAAAAUAUUCAGACAAAAUGGUGCAAAGUGGGCAAAUUUUAAACUGGAGUUAGCUCAUAAAGCUAUUGCAUCUAAAGGGGCGAGUUAAUUAGGCACGUUACGCUUCCUUCUUAAGAUAAAAUAUUUUGUUCUUUAUUGGACUGUAUGUUAGUUAACAAAGAAUGUAUCAAAUUUUAUUCAGGUAUUUAAGAACCGAAAACGCUUUUUCCGUCAA